AUGGAAGUGGAAGAACAAGAACGAGAGGUCUCGUCAAGAUGGGAAGGCUACGCCGAUUGGAGAAACAGAGCCGCCGUGAAAGGCCGUCACGGUGGCAUGCUCGCCGCUUCUUUCGUCUUAGUGGUGGAGAUAUUAGAGAAUCUAGCGUAUCUGGCGAAUGCAAGUAACCUCGUGUUGUACCUAAGAGAGUACAUGCACUUUUCUCCAUCUAAAUCGGCAAAUGACGUCACCAAUUUCAUGGGCACAGCUUUUCUCCUUGCUCUCCUCGGUGGCUUCCUCUCCGAUGCUUUCUUCUCCACUUACGUCAUCUUCCUCAUCUCUGCCUCCAUCGAGUUUCUGGGAUUGAUCAUACUCACGAUCCAAGCUCGUACACCGUCUUUGAUGCCUCCGUCGUGCGAUGGUCCCACGUGUGAAGCUGUGAGUGGUUCACAGGCGGCGAUGCUGUUUGGAGGAUUGUACCUUGUGGCUUUAGGAGUGGGAGGGAUUAAAGGGUCAUUGCCAUCUCACGGAGCGGAGCAGUUCGAUGAGAGCACACCAAAAGGUCGGAAACAGAGGUCAACGUUUUUCAACUACUUCGUGUUCUGUCUUGCUUGUGGAGCACUCGUGGCCGUUACGUUCGUGGUUUGGUUAGAAGACAACAAAGGAUGGGAAUGGGGAUUUGGUGUCUCUACCAUCGCUAUCUUCCUCUCGAUUCUCAUAUUUCUCUCUGGUUCAAGCUUUUACAGGAACAAGAUCCCUCUUGGAAGUCCUCUCACCACAAUCUUGAAGGUUCUUCUUGCGGCUUCGGUUAAGAGCUGCACGAGUGGAAACUCAAGCAAUGCAGUUGUGAAUUUGGCUAUUAGCCCCUCUAAUCAUUGUGUACCAAAGGGUAAAAAAGAAGUUGUUGUUGAGUCAGAAGGAGAGCUUGAAAAGUCACGUCAUGAUGAAGAAGUUUUGCCUUCUCAGGCACAACUAACCAACAGUUUAAGAUUCUUGAACAGAGCUGCGGAGGAGAAGCCGGACCAUAGAUUGUUAAACUGUACGAUCCAACAAGUCGAGGAUGUGAAGAUUGUGCUCAAAAUGCUUCCGAUAUUUGCAUGCACCAUCAUGCUCAACUGUUGCUUAGCUCAGCUCUCUACAUUCUCCGUCCAACAAGCUGCUUCGAUGAACACAAAGAUAGUAAACCUAAAGAUCCCUCCAGCUUCAUUACCAGUCUUCCCCGUGGUUUUCAUCAUGAUCCUCGCACCUAUCUACGACCAUAUCAUCAUCCCAUUCGCUCGGAAAACAACCAAAACCGAAACAGGAGUCACUCAUCUGCAAAGAAUCGGUGUAGGUUUAGUUCUUUCGAUAUUAGCAAUGGCCGUUGCAGCUCUCGUGGAGAUCAAACGGAAAGGAGUGGCGAAAAACGCCGGCUUGCUUGACUCGCAAGAAACCUUACCAGUCACAUUCUUAUGGAUUGCUCUUCAAUAUCUCUUUCUAGGGUCAGCUGAUCUAUUCACACUAGCUGGUUUGCUAGAGUAUUUCUUCACAGAAGCACCAUCUUCUAUGAGAUCUUUAGCAACAUCGCUUUCUUGGGCUUCGUUGGCAAUGGGAUAUUACCUAAGCUCGGUGAUCAUUUCGAUAGUGAACAGCAUAACGGGGAGCUCAGGGAACACUCCUUGGCUCAGAGGAAAAAGCAUAAACCGUUACAAGCUUGACUAUUUCUAUUGGCUAAUGUGUGUUCUAAGUGCAGCUAACUUCUUGCACUAUCUCUUCUGGGCAAUGCGUUACAAGUACAGAUCAACAGGUUCGAGAAGCUAA